CUUUUCGACCAACCACAGACUGAGUUUGGGGGAUGUUUGCAUACGCAUGCGCACUGCGCGCGUUUCAGAAGCGCGGGACUUCAGUGUUCAGAUGAAAGCUGCGACUUGUCAACAUUGCUGAGUAACAUGGAGGAUGAUUUCAGUCAGUCGCUCACUCCACCCGUCUCGCCCUUUAUGGACGAGGAGCUCGGCGACUCGUCCCUCGCUCAGCCUCCAUGCUUCUCAUGCGCUUUUGAAAAAGGCAGGGAAGAAGCGCAAACUCUGUCGUCAGAUGGCUACGUCAGCCGAGGCGUCCUAAAGAGGUUGCUGUUGAAGUUGGAUCCGGCUCCCUGCGACUUCGAAGUAGACACCGUGGAUUUGUUCGGCUUUUCCUGGGUGACGGAGACGGCGUUGCUGGAGUCCACUCAGCUUCUGUUUGGCUUGUUCAGACAAAAAGUCUUCAAGCUGGGAACUCUGGUUCAGUCGAGCUCCAACGAUUUUGGUCAAGCGAGUAGCCUUCAUUAUGAAGCAGAGGAACUGAGGCAGCAGUGUGUGCUGUUUCUCACCUACAUUAAAGUCUUUAUUCACAGGUACUUAGAGGCGCCUCACAUGUUGCCGGACGAGUUGUGCCCUUCGUUCUCACACCUGGAAGUGCAGUUUCCCUCCACUUUAUUGGAGCAGCUCCUCAGCGUCACGUUGCUCAUGGGCAGACUUAAAGAUUUACCCGCAAACGUCCAAAGCGCUUUCACUAUCCAUCACCAGGGAAAGCUUUUCCCUCCAUCAUGGCAUUUACUGCACCUUCAUUUGGACGUCCACUGGUCCAUCCUGGAGAUCCUGCACAUUUUGGGACAGAAAAUGACGGGUCAGGUUGUGUAUGCGCAGCAGUUUGUUGAUCUAACAGGGGAAACUCUUACCAGCGUCAGUCUGUUUGAAGAUCAUCUCAACAACCUGCUGUGUGACCUUAUUACUCUGUCAAUGAACAAGUACAGCAAGGUGAGACCCACCGAGGCGCUGACGAGCCAUCAUUAUCAGUGUUUGUGCACUAAAGAGAUUUGGAUUCUUCUUAUCCACUUUCUGGAACACCGAAGCAAAACUCUACACACACAGACAUUCUGGGGCUACGUGAAUGCACUGCUCAGCUCCAUACUCAAGGGGGCGCCAUCAGGAGUCGCGACACACUGUAAAGACGUGCUCGGCUUCACGUGGUGGCUGAUCACGCACCUCGCACAGCUCGGAACGUGCAACCAUAACGGAGUGCUUCAGAACGAGAAACAGCUGCAGGACAACUGGAGUUUUGUGUGUGUUCUGCUGAAGUCCAGCUGUGACACGAAGGCAGCGGUCCAGGAGGAGCAGAUGCGGAUGUACGUUCACUGCUGUCUGACUCUCAGUAUGGUGUGGGCACCCAGCCUCAGUGCCCUCAACACACUUUGGGAUUUUUUCAGCAAAAACCUGAACGGAUCGUUCUCAGUCCCCUGGUUAGGUCUGUCUGGAUUGGCCAGUAUCGGCUCCACCCCACUGGCUCUUUUGGAGCAGGCCAAGAGUUGCUGUAGCCCCGCCCUUCUGAACUCCAUUCAUCACACCAACCUCUACCGCUCCACCAAUUCCUUCCUUAUUUUCCUGCGGAUGCUGGCGCUGCACCUGAAGCAGGAUAAUGGCGCCCCCUGGAGGCAGAUCAAGGGCAGAAUCUACUCUAAGUUUCACGAGCGUCGCAUGGCAGAGCUGUCAGAGAGCGGACUACAUCACUUCUUGCUCCUCUUCCUGGUUCUGUCUCUGUGCGCUGAUCUGGAGGACGCCACAGACCGCGCCUUCGAUCUUUUAGCCCUACGGCUACCCGCGGCGAACGCAGUGAUGUCGUGGCGGGGUCGUCUGGCACUGCUGCUCGGGUUCGUGGAGCGCGGUGUGGACUUAGGUGGGGUUGCUACAAGGAUCUCCACCUGCUUCAGCAGUGCUGCACGAGAGUUUUACUUAAAGACUACACCUCUGCCGAAGAGGGCAGAGCUAUGGCGGUUAAUCUCCGCCUACUUGGAAGGUGUGGGCCAGGUGUGGCAGAGCAGCACCACCUUGUGUCUGUCUGAGGAGAAGCUGAUUAACGAAGGGUUUAGUCUGCUGCUACCUGCCUGCGGCGCUAAAGAGCUUGACACAGCGCUCGAUUUCCUACAGGUGGCACUGACACAGUUACGGAGGGUGCAGCAGUGUUCACAAUGUACCAGUGCCGCUUUUCCUCCCAAUGUGGUUAAAGAGCGCCACCUCGCGGUCGCCGUCACUCUGUGGACUCACUUCUUGCCUUUCCUGCGCUCACUGAGAAUCUCACAGACUUCGCCAGAAGAGUUGGCGCACGCCGCAGCAGGUUUCACUUUAUUAGCUUUGGAUUUGCCUAGCUCCGCCCCUCAGGAUCUUCAGCCCCGCCCACUCCAGGCCAUGAUUCAGUGCUUCGGCUGGGACGAGAUGCUUCGGCCUGUACUGGUGACGCGCUACCUCAACGCCCUGCUGCAGAAUGAGGAGCUAGUGCGUAAGAUAAGCUCUGCUGGUGACUCCGCCCAGGCUCUGUGUGUGAGAUCGUGGAUUCGCUGUAUCCUACUGCAGCAUCAACACAACAACACCGACACACACAACAGAAGAUCGGAGAGGACUUUAGAGGAGCAGUUAGCUGAGAUGACCGCGCUGAUCCUCAGACUACCAGAAGUAGAACCACUGCUUCAGAGAGCCGGAAUGAACACGAACGCUGCUACGCAAGAACCUAAAGCUGCCCUGACCUUGUUUAUAAAGUGUGUAGGUCGUGUGUAUUGCGGGCUGCAGCAGCAGGCCGAGCGCGUCUCUCUGGUGUGUAAAGCGCUGGAGUACUUGGGCGACAUCAUGAAGUUCAUCAAACCCAACAUGGUGAACAAGAGCACAGAAGGGCUGCACAUCACCUACUGGACACUAGGUUGUAUAGUUAAGCACUGGAGCCCCCUACUGGCCACAUCUAAAGCUCAGUCUCUUCUUCUACGCAUCAUCGAUGUCCUGCUGCUCCCUCAUUCCCUGCUGCAGGAUAAAGCUCCGCCUUCUCAGCAGCUCUCCGCUAUACGGGACACUCUGCCACUCUACCUGCAGGGUCUCUCUGCUGUAGUGGGCGUUUCCCAGACUCAGUUGUCUUACCUUAAGCAGCAGCUGCGUAACGUCAUCACUCAGUACCUGAGCCGUUUCCUCCCGACCGCGCCGACUGCCGGCGCAGUAGCCAAUCAUCCGGUGCUGCUGGCUGGCUGUGAGGCCACGCCCACAACACGAGGGGCUGCACUGAGGAGGACCAUCUUACAGGCUCUCAGGGAAAACUUCCUGCAGUUCAGAGGACACGCCCCUCCUCCUCGAUUGGCAGCUGUUCUCACGUUCCUCUUGGAGCUCCUGAGACGUAAUAACGAUACUGACCCCGCUCUCCUCACUGUGCCUCUAGCACAUGUGCUGCGGUGCAUGAUGCUUGUUAACGAACCACAAGUGAAGAAGCUGAGUACAGAAAGUGUGCAGCUAAUCGUGGAGAGAUGUUCCUCAGCAGGCAGAGAGGAACCGUGCGACCAGCUUGUCACAGUUCUCAGAACGUUUGUAGAGGAGAACGAGGGUGUGUAUGAGCUACAGAUGUAUAGUGCCUUGGAGACAGUAGCAGUCCUCAGUCCGUCGGCCGUGUCGGCUCUGAUUCCGGGUCUCUCGCAGAGUUUACGCAACACAGAACAGAAGAGAGGAAUCGGAAAAAACACGUCUCUCAGAAAUGCCUACAGGAAUCUUCUGGCACUUUUGGGAGAUGCUGGUCAAGCUGAAAUAAUCAUUCUAGAAGAAGAUUAACUUUUACUGUCUUUUGUUUCUGCUUUGAUUGUAAAUAAUGUACAUAAAUUUUCCAUUGUACAUCUCAAUUUUUGUACCUUUCAAUAAAUAUGGCUGUAUUUCA